AUGAUUGAUUUGGAAGCUUUGAAUAACGAGGAGAAAAAUAGCUACUUCGAAUUAGUUAAAAUAUACAAAGACCGCAAUUGUACCCUAUUUCUAGUAAGGUGGGUUAAUAGAGGCAUAACCUGGGAGCUAGAGGAGAACAUUAAUGAUACACAGCUUAUUGAUGAUAUUAUGGAGGACUACUAA